AUGCCAUUUUUCAACCUCGAAUGGACUGGUUUCGGGAGCCAACCGAUUCACCAUGACCCCCUGGGUCGCUGCACCCACAAAGACGCAAUUCGAAUCCUGAAAACGUCUUUGGAGUCGGACGAAGAUGACACCCUGACGCAAGCAAUCGCAGACCUUUAUGAAUGGCUCCCCGAACGAUACGGCGGCGCCGUAACUUCUGGUACUAACAUGCUAUCACGAGUCAUCAUGAUCUUCGCCGAGCAAAUUCCGCACGCGGACUGCGCCCAGGACCGUUUGGCGUUGCUAUUCAAAACGGCAUCCAAAUUCAAUCGGGUGAUUACGGCGGAAGAAUUAGAAAUGAGAUACGAAGUGCCAGGAGCUGGCUGCGCUGUCUUCAUAAAUCAAAUGGAAUCAAAUCUUGAUCGGAUGGAGAUGUUUGAAAGAUUUCAUCCCGAAGAACGGAACAGUUUUGUCAAUUCCAGAGCCUCCAUUGCGCGUCUUUGCGACAAUGGAUCCUACGGAGGCCAGAGCUGGUUGAUCACCACGAUGAGGAUUGCCUUUGAAGAUAAAGAACGCCCGCCUGAUGAAGCCGUUCCCUUUCUUGUCCUGGAAGCAGCGAUGUGUAUCAUCUAUGCGGGCCAAUGGGUCUAUCAGACGAUUGUGAAGGGCAAGGAAGGCAGUCUGGACGGUUUUCAGAAAGUGCGCGGAGUUGGGGAGCUCUACGGGGGACCGGUGCUCGGGUACAAGCGAUGGAAAGUUUGGCAGGAUGGGUUUGGCAAGGCGAUUGAGAGUGGGGAGAUCGAUGGUGCGACUAGGAUCUAUGUGAGUAAGGCGCAGAGUUUGAUGGUUGCUUUUGAUUCGAUCCUUGGGACGGAUGAGAAUUGA